CAUUCAAGUGGCUGCAGCUGGAGGACCGGCUGUAUUUUCUGAGUUUGAUCAUAGUUCAGAGGAGUCCUGCUUGGCUGGCUUCCCCUUCCCACGUGAGAAGGAGCUGGGGUGCUGCAGGCAGCUUUGACUGGCACUGACAGAUCGUGUUGUGGCUUUUCUGUCCUAGAGCUUGUAAGGAAAUAAACAGAAAUAAUGAAGUUUAGGGUUCAUCAGUCAUGGCACGAAGGGCCUUGAAACUUGCCUCAUUGGCUGCAGCCACUUCUGGCAUCUAUCUGUAUGGCAACAAGUUCCUGGAUCCCAAUGAUUUUGGAGUGGUUCGUGUGGGCCGAGCCGUUGCCACAACAGCAGUUAUCACCUAUGACUACCUCACCUCCCUUCGGAGUGUCCCAUAUGGAUCGGAGGAGUAUGACUUCCUUAAAUCACAGGUGCACCUGCGUUCCGCUGAGCGCCUCCGGGAGCUGUGCUGCGCCAACCGAGGCACCUUCAUCAAGGUGGGACAGCACCUGGGAGCGCUCGACUACCUGCUGCCCGAGGAGUACACCCGCACCCUCAAGGUGCUGCACAGCCAGGCCCCGCAGAGCACCAGGCAGGAGAUCGAGCAAGUCAUCCGUGAGGAUCUGGGCAAAGAGAUAAAAGAGGUCUUCAUGAGUUUUGAGGACACACCCUUGGGAGCAGCAUCACUAGCCCAGGUGCACAAGGCAGUGCUGCAGGAUGGGAGAACAGUGGCAGUGAAAAUCCAACACCCAAAGGUCCAAGCUCAGAGUUCCAAGGAUAUUUUGCUCAUGGAGGUUCUCCUUUUGGUUGUGAAGCAGAUCUUUCCAGAUUUUGAGUUCAUGUGGCUGGUGGAAGAAGCAAAGAAGAAUCUACCUUUGGAGCUGGAUUUUCUCAAUGAAGGCAGAAAUGCUGAGAAGGUUGCUCAUAUGCUGAGGAACUUUGACUUCUUGAAGGUCCCCAGGAUCUACUGGGAGCUCUCGACAAGGCGUGUCCUUCUCAUGGAGUUCAUGGAAGGGGGGCAGGUGAACGACAGGGCGUACAUGGAGAGGAAUGACAUUGAUGUCAAUGAGAUCUCUCGCAACCUAGGGAAACUCUACAGUGAAAUGAUCUUCGUGAAUGGCUUUGUCCACUGUGACCCACACCCAGGCAACGUGCUGGUGAAGAAGUGCCCAUCCUCUGGCAAGGCCCACAUUAUCCUCCUGGACCAUGGGCUCUACCAGGUGCUGAGCGAGUCGUUCCGCAUGGACUACUGCCACCUGUGGCAGGCCCUUAUCAAGGCCGAUAUGAAGAAGGUGCAGAAGUACAGCCAGCGGCUUGGGGCGGGGGAUUUGUAUCCGCUCUUCGCCUGCAUGCUCACCGCCAGGUCCUGGGAGUCUGUCAACAGGGGCAUUGACCGGUCACCGGUCUCAGCCAGCGAGGAUGUGGAGAUCCGGUCCAAUGCAGCUGCUUACCUACCCCAGAUCACCCAGCUCCUCAACAACGUACCCCGCCAGAUGCUGCUGCUGCUGAAGACCAACGACCUGCUAAGGGGGAUUGAGUCAGCCCUGCACACACGGGCCAGUGCCAGCUCCUUCCUCAACAUGUCUCGCUGCUGCAUCAGAGCUGUUUCCACGUAUCAGAGGAGCAAGAGUCACUCACUUUACAGGAGGGUCCAGAUCUCACUCACAGAAGGACUGAGCCUGUGGCAGAUCAACUUGUAUGAACUCUUCCUGUGGCUGAAGGGGUCCCGGCUGGGGAACUGGGUCAUUGCUCUCCUGAGCUGGAUGCACCAUUCCACAUACUGACACGAGCUGGUGGGAGAGGCCUGGCUGUUCCCUCUCUCACUUUUGCUCUCCACGGCACAUUUGCCUUUCUGACUGUUUCUGUCUAUCCUGUGGGCUAUUUUUGGGUCUCCUUCCUUGUUACAUGCUGCACUGUCCAUGCAUGUUGCAGCAUUAGCUCUCUCUGUGGCAGCAAGAGAUGGAGUAGGUACCAGGGCUCUGCUGAUUUAUGGGUUAGGAAAGGGAAGUGUGGAAUACUGUGUGUCAAGAAGGGCAUGGUACUUUCUCUCCCCACUUGAACAGGGGAAAUUCCACACAGAUUCCAGUGGGACUGCACUGGAAGCAAAAGCCUUUCCUAGGCUUUUUCUUAAGCAAUCCUAAAAAAAUUAAGAGAAUCACAGACCGGCCUAGAAUGCCCCACAACAUUUGUCUGACCCUCAGAGAAAGCUGGUAUAUCCCUUAAAAAAUCCGAUAGGGUUCAUAUUAGUUAUUGCAGAGUCUCCCUGCAAGUGCCUGUGUAUUUCUGGACUUUCCCAGGCCCAUUUCCUUGCAGUUGAAGUGGGGGAAGGGGACAGUGGUCCUGUGGUCCUGCUUCUUUUCUGGGAUUCAGGGAAGGCAGGAAGGAUGAUGACUCAGGGCUCUGAAACUGCUGAUAAUGUACGUGUACUGUACAGCGUUGCCACAUAGCAAAAUAAAUGUGUUGCAUCAAAGACAUUUGUGGGAGGGAUGCUGGCUGUACACUCAGGGUGA